UGGCGUACCCCUCAGCAGUCGGUCGGUGUCCUGGAGCGGGCAGAACCGUUCCGACUCUCCGACGAGUUCAACACCAGGACCGUAACGCUGCGGGUCUGUCCGGACACUCAGUUCAGGAUGGACAGGAGUCAGUGUCGUGUGAAGCUGUCCGUCCAGCCGUCCAGAGGACUCGUGGAUGAGAAGUUUAUCGUCCUGGUCCAGAACACUCCACCUGGUUUCCCUCUGACCAUCCAUUCUCUCCACAAAUGUGAAGAUGGGCACAGCUGGGAGGCGUUCGCUCACUACACCACCAAUGCUACUGGCAGUGUGAAUGUCUCAGAGGAUACCAGUCUGGGUGGGACAUAUUCUGGGGUUGAACAGAUGGGUCUCCUGUGGAGCCUCAGACCAGUUCCAGGCAGCAAACCUGACCUUAGGUUGAGGAAGGUGAAUGUCCAGACUCCCUUGGUGGUCACAAUAUCAGUGUACCAAGGCCACCAGACUGAGGGCUUCAUGGAUCAGGUGCCGCUGGCCAGUACAGUGGUGGAGCGCUGGUACAUGGCGCCCGGCGUCCGCAGGGUCCCGAUCACAGAAGGCGGACUUACUGCAACCCUGUUCCUGCCCUCAGGACUGGGACCUUUCCCCGGACUCUUGGAUCUGUGGGGUGGUGGAGGGAAGUUGGUGGAGUACCGUGCAGCGCUGCUGGCCUCCCACGGCUUCGCUUCCCUGGCCCUCGACUACAUAACACCAAAAAUCACCAUAGAAACUGGGAAGAUGGUGGACAAUGACUACUUUGAGACGGCCUACAGAGUCCUGGAGCAGCAUCCUGAGGUCCUCGGCAGCAGGAUCGCCAUGCUGGGUCUUUCCUUUGGCACCAGUAUUACCCUUAGAAUGGCUGUUUACUCUAAAGUUAUGAAGCUCAGGUGUGCAGUGUGUAUUAGUGGGAGUCACGUGCAGCCGAUUCAUGGAUCCGUGGAACAAAUACUGAGUUUCUUCAACCAAAACUCGGACAGGACUCGCGUCAACGAGGAGAACCACCUGAUCUGGAGAGAUCUGCUGCUGCCCAUCCCCACUGACCCUGCACUCAAAGUGGACGUGGGACGACUCCAGUGUCCUCUGCUGCUGGUUGUCGGUGAGGACGAUCAGAACUGGCCCGCCUGCGAGUCUGCAAUGGACAUGAAGGACGUGAUGGAGGGGGCGGGGAAAAGCCACCUGCUGACUGUCCUGUCGUAUCCGAACACCGGCCACCUGAUCGAACCUCCGUACUCGCCGCACGUCCGAGCCAGCGCCUUCAGAACGGUCAACUUACGUCAGAAGGUUGUGGCUCUGUGGGGCGGAGAGACGGGGGCACAUUCUCACGCUCAGGAAGACGCCUGGAGGAAGACGCUGGACUUUCUGAGGGAGAAUCUGUAUGGCAGCGCAAACCCUGGUCCAGCUUCAUUUUCCCGCCUGUAACCAAGGCAACACCUCAUUAACAGAGAGCGUUAGAGGCCGAUAAUAGAUUGAAUAAGAUGAUUUAAAAAGGAAAGCCUUUCAAUCAAAAUACAAUUUGGUAGGUGAUUUGAAAGGAUAGAAUGUUUUUGCCAGUCCACUUCGUGGGGCAGGGUUUUUGGUCCCUUGGUCAAAGAUUCCUGCCUGAGAUUUAAUGUGGAGCCUGGCCAUGAAGCCCUUUAAAAGGUCUACAGUUUUUGAGUUGAUUCUGUAUUCAUGAUUCUUUUGGUGUCAUUGGGGAAAAAAUCCCAAAUAAUCUUUCAGGAUCCUGCAAUUGAAGUGGUCUGAGUGAAAACUAGACUUCUGCAACUCCUCUUGGCUCUCUGAAAAUGUCUCCCAUGACGGGAGACUUUGGCCAAUCACAGGUCAUUUGAAAGAGAGGGCGUUCCUAUUGGCUCUUUUGCAGGUGUGCGUAUGUCUCCCUUCAAAUGUCUAGUCCCACACAGCGAGGCCCAUCUCGUAUCGUACACAGGGAGCUUGGAGAUAACUUCUCCUGCUCUCCAUAGGAAAUGAAAACUUGAUGUCAAAUCAAAUCAAACUUUAUUUAUAUAGCACUUUUCAUCCAUUUAAAAUGCAACACAAAGUGCUUCACAAGAUAAAAGAAUACAACAACAGAGAGAAUAAAAGCAUAAUAUGACAGACAAUAUCCCACUUCCAGAUAUACACACAUGCGCUCACACAAACACUCACAAAACACACACACACACACACAGUCCCUCAAAGGAUCCACUGUGUCCGCACCUUCACCAGGCGUCGCUGCUGCCUCUUAAGCCUCGGUCACUCUGUCAUGGGGCCGCAAAGGGCAGCCGGGUCUUGGUGAGGCUCACACUGUAAGUGACUGAGAGUGGGCUUCAUGAGGCACAAGGUUGCCCAGGGCAACCGAUUCUGCUGCUGUUUGUGGGUUUGGGACUUGCUCUAGUAAUAUGAAGAGUUAUGUUAAUUGUUGCCUGCCGCAGCCACUAACGUUAACCUACAGAAUCAUUACAUCAUUUGCUUCUGUGUUAAGUAACAUUGAGGAUUUCGUAAAGAAAAUGUAAAAAACACUUCCACAACCACCAACCUCUUAUUUUCCCACAUCACUCCACUUCUCCAUUCAUGACGCUCGCUCCCUGCUGCUGCUCACAUCCAGUUCUGGUGUUCUGACAGGAACUGCUCCUUCCUACCUCCAAACCAGAGUCAAACCCCACACCCUGGCAAGACACUCCUCUGCCUCUGCAUCGUCCUUUUUCAUAGCCGACAUUUUGACUUGUCAAAGCAGGAAAAGCCCCAAGCCUCAAGUCCUCAAAGAUGGAAUGUGGCCACCAUUAAUGCUAUAGAUUCCAUGUGGGCUCCUCCUCCUUGGACAAGUUCCCUAAUGAAGUAGGACAGCAGAGCCCAUCUUGAAAAGCUGAAAACCACCAACCUCUUCACAUCUUCACACGAGCACUUCUAUCUCACAUCUUUUCAAUAAGAGUGGGCACAAAUGCACUGGUCGAUAAUUAUUUGGCAGGAUUGCCAUUGAAUUAAUUGUGAUUGUUUAUUGUGAUGUCUUCAGUUGUCUUGUGUUUUCCACCAACAGUCCAAAACCCAAACACAUUGAGUUUACAAGAUACAAACAAUGAUACAAGAGGGUUUGAUUGAUGAACGACUCAGUUGAUUAAUCUGUUAUCACGAUGUAGAUAAAUUGUCUUUGUAUUGAUUCAUAAAUUCUGACUGAGCCAUUGUAAUGUCA